CCCGUGGAAUACCUUGAACGCCUCAUAGAGCGCAGUCCAUUGGGCAGAAAGACGGAACCGCAGCCCGGACCGGAGGACGUGACAGAGACGAGUCCACUCGAAAAGAACACAAAAGAGGAAAAGCGUCUCAUAUAAAAAAAACAACAACGUUAUAAAGUCGCAGAACUUUGCGAGAGGGUUUUGUUUCCGGGUCUGCAAGCGCGGAGGGAGCUGGUUCACUGCGUUUGUUGACUCGAGUCGCACUUUAAAUGCAUUGGAUCCGGUGACAGCUUGGACACGGGCUCAGCGAGAGACACGGCGGACAUGGAGAAUGGGAAGAGCCGCCUUCAGCAGACCAAGGAGGAGGUGGAGGAGGUGAAGGACAUCAUGCUAGACAACUUAAACAAGGCUGAAGAGAGAUCUGGCAAACUGGGCGAACUGGAGGACAGGGCUGAUAUGCUGUUGGCAAAGAGUAAAGCUUUUGAAAAGACCUCCAACCAGGUGAAGCAACAGAAAAGAUGGGAGAACAAGAAGAUGAAAGUGGUGUUUAUUGGCAUCGGUGUGGUAACAGCAGUCAUCAUUAUCGGACUUAUAAUCUUUGCUAUUGUUGGAUAGCGUAUGAGGACAGCAGCCCCUGCUCAAAAGGAAAGUAAGAUAUUGGGACUUAGGGACAAAGCUAAAAUGGCCAGGAAAAGAGUCCAAACUCUGGGACUUUAUCAUCUUGCCUGAAAUGCUCAUUCUAAGAUAUUUCUCUGAUUAGAGAUAUUUAUGUUUUCAAUCUAUAUGGUACCACUGAUUGCUUGUUUGCUUCCUUUCUUUAUUAUAACUUUUCCAAAGUCAUGUCUCUGUGUGGCCUACAUGGGAAGGAUGUCUUGGAACACCAUCACACCAUGGAAGUCUUUUAAAGUCCAUUGUAAAACCAGUCCAUUACUCUCCCUGUAAAAACUAAUUUUAUAUUUUGAGGUUCUUAAAAAAUUUGAGCUGAAUAAAAAGUUAGCUGGCAUCAGAAUUAUGAAUUAUGACGUCAUUAGGCUGCUACUUUGUAAAAUGUUCUUGUUCAGGAUUCUUCAUGUUCCAGAACACCCUCACAGGAAAAGCUAUCAUCACUAAACCAUAGAUAGAACCCAUGUCACCUGACGAGUUAAUCAAUGAUUUGUGGAGAGACAAGCUAGAGGACAAAACAGAACAGAUGACAAUUGUUUUCGAAUGUAAAAUCUUCAGCUGUUAAAAAUCAAAUGUUCACAAAGUUGCCUGCAUCAUUAAAAUAUGUUUUUUUUUAAACCUGAA